UCCCUAGCUGCACUGCAUACAAAAGUUCGACGGGAGCAGUAAAGUAAUUAUUUGUUUAAUCCAAUAAUUAUCGACUCCAAUCAAAUUGGCGGUCUUCUGGUUGUUUUUAAUGUCCCACAGCGUGCUAAAUUCGCUGAAUCAGUGAAUAACGGAGCGGCGCUGUCGUCCAAUUUGCAUCGCCGUGUUCUUCGUCAGUGUUUGUUGUCGUCUCCUCGUUCGUCCUUAAUUUUAUUUCGUCCUUGUGGAACAAGAAGAACGAGAAGAAGCAAAAGAAAAGCCACAUUAACCUGGAGGAUCACCGCAAUACAUAGUUUCCAAAUGCUUUAAAAAUUAUUCGGCAAUAUCUAAAAAUAUAGAAAAGUAAGACAAGCAGCGAAUCAGCAACAACAAUCGAAAACACCAAACAAAAACCAAAAAACUAACAUAAGCCGAAAGUCGAAGGAGGCUCGCAAAUUUUUACAAAUUUGCAAUACAUUUUAAGUAAGCGGAAGAGAAGAAGGGGUGUUUGUUGUGCGUCAGUGUGUGUGUGUGUGUGCGUGCGCGUGGAUUGAAGGUCCUUCGCUCACUUUUACCCCGGCGAAACGAACUACUGUUGGCCUUUUUUUGCGGCGAUAGAAGGGACCUCAAUUGGAAUGGACCUGUUGGGAGAGCGGAGGGACAUUAGGGAGCAGCAGCAGCAGCAGCAGCAGGAUUAGUAUCAGGAUUAGGAAUAGGAUCAGCAAUAAAUGCAAGCAAGCGCAAAGGACUAGAAAAGGAAGCAGCGACCAGGAUUUAGGAGCCAGGAUUUAGGAGCCAGGAAAUACGAAAUACGGAAUAGCAAUCAGUAAUCAGGAAACAGGAAAGGCAGCCCAAGACAACAAAACAAAAGGAAUCCAUUGAAUCGACAAAAGACAAGAACUUGUUGUAUCAGAGAAGCGCCAAAAGAAAAAAAGGACAAUGACUACUGUGGAGGAGCCUGUCCAGGCGGUUGACACGGUCGAUCCGUGUCCUCCGGGGAUUCCCAAUCUGAAAACCGUUCUCAGCGACGAUGCCUCGAACUCAUCGGUGCUGGAGGACAUCGAUGUGAGCAACACGAGCAGCAGUAGCUCCAGUUCUAGCAGCUCCAGCUCCAGCUCUGGUUCCUGCUCUGGGUCGGGCACCGAUACGGACACCGGCAAGGGCAGCAGUAAUGUUGGCAGUCUGGAUGUGACCAGCUCUUCGAGCAUUGGUUCGGAGACCUCCAUCUCAUCGACGGGCUCCACAGCCAUUGCAGGACCAUCCGCUUUGCUAGACGAUUCGAACUCAUCCGGACUGGGCCUGGUGGUGGAUGUGGAUAGCAACGGGAGCAGCCAGGAGCUAAGCAGCCACGGCGUCACCGAGCUGGACUCGCUGGAGGACUCGUGCAGCGGCCUAAUGAUCAAGGAUGGGGAUAAGCUAUGCAAGCUGUGCAGCUUACGCCUCGUGAUGCCGCGCAUCUUGUCUUGCCUGCACGUAUUCUGUGAGGACUGCCUGCAGUCAGUGGUAUCGAAGGACACGAUGGCGGCCAGCUCGCCCAACAGCUGCUCCUCGUCUUCGUUCGAUGGCAGUGAGCACCACCACCGUCUGUCCGCUCUGCUCAUCGAGUGCCCCGUGUGCAAGCAGGAGACACCGCUGGGACCCAAGGGGAUCAAGGCACUACCCUGCGACUAUAUCGUGACCAAUAUACUGGACCUCUCCAAUUUGGAGUCUGAGCACAUUGUGUGCACGUCGUGCAAGAGCAAAGAGGAGGCCAUUUCGCGUUGCAACGACUGCGCCAACUUUCUGUGCAAUGGCUGCGAUAACGCCCAUAAGUAUAUGCGUUGCUUCGAAAAUCACCAUGUUGUGCGCAUCGAGGAUCUAACCAAGAACGUCCACGACAAGCUGAUCAUACACAAGCCAGUGUUCUGCCGCCAGCACGUAAGCGAGAAUCUCAAGUACUAUUGCUUCACCUGCCAGGUGCCCACGUGCAAUGAUUGCCUGCUGAGCGAUCACAAGGGCAGCGACCAUCAUUAUGAGACGGCCACGGUGGCGGAGCAGGCGGUGCGAGCCGAUCUCGAGGAAACUCUGAGUGAUACGCUCAAGAAGGCCGACUACUGCAACGAUGCGGGUAGCAAUCUGGGCAGUGCCCUCACCGAACUCCAGUCACAGCACGAUACUGUGCGGCAGCAAAUCGAGGAUGCCUACAAGUCCUACAAGCGUAUGCUAGAAUCGAUCAAGGAUCAGAUGCUUAACGAGCUGGGACGCCUGCACUCGGAUCGCGAGCUAAAGAUCAUGGAUCUGAUGCAGAGUAUGGAGAACACGAUGGGAAAGCUGCAGCACGCUGCUCAGUUCGGCCAGCGGGCUGUCGAAAAGGCCAAUUCCAUUGAGUUUCUGCUGCUGAAGCCCAUCAUCAGUGCCCAGUGCUUGAAUCUCAUGGAGCAGACGCCCAAGUGCGAUGUCAACUAUCAACUGCAGUUUGACUCGAAGCCAGAGAUGUUCGAGCAAUUCGCCAGGGAGAUGUUUGGCAAAUUUCAAACGGAUCACAUUGACUCUAGUCCCAAGAAGCUGGGGAUGACCCAGCAGCUGCAACAGCAACAGCAGCAGCAGGUGCAACAGCAACAACAUCAGCACCAGCACCAGGUGCAACAGCAACAGCAGCAUCAGCAGCAGCAGCAGCAGCAACAACAACAGGUGCAGCACCAACAGCAGCAGCAAAAGCUUCAGUUGCAGCAACAACAGCAGCAUCAACACAACUCGAACAAUUUGAUUGUCGGCCAUCGGGGCAGCUCCUCUGUCCAAGGGCGCCUGACCUCAGCUGUAUUCAGCCCCAUCUCGCUGCCCUCCUCGCUGCAGAGUUCCUUCGAUGGCGACACCAACUCGGUGAUGACCAAUUUCUCCAUGAUGGACUCGCCGCCGCAGCCAUCAUCGCAACAGCAAUUGCCAUCUGCCCAGCAGCAGUCUCAGCAGCAGCAACAGCAGCAGCAGCAGCAACAGGCGGCGGUGGUACUGCAGCAGGUGCAACAGCAGCAGAAGCACCAGCAACACCAAGUGCAGCAGCAGCAACAGCAACAGGGGCUGCACCAGCCAACAUCGGCCCAGUCCAUGCCGCAGCAGUUGGGGCAGCUCGUUGCACCGCAGGGAAUUGUCCAGCAGGCUGGACAUGUCAAUCUCAACGCUGGUCCCGGCCCGAAUAUAUCCAUCAAUGGCCUGGGCGCCGGUGGUCCGCCACCUAGUUUUAGCAUGCUGGAGUACAACAUCUCACGACUGGCCAGCUUGACGGAAACAAUGCCAGAUACCCUCAACGAUGCACUGGCUGUUGGAGGAGGAGCAGCCGGACCUGUUCCGAAUGUUGUGGCCCAAGUGCCGGGUGGUUCGGCCGUGACUGGUGGAGCCGUUGUGGGAGCAUCGCAUGCGCAUCAACAGCAAUCGCAGGCCGUAAUGCCGGCAUCGGCGGUCACUCCCACGCAGCCAAUUACUUUGGCUGACAUCCUAUCGGGCGACCAGCGGGCGCUUAACAAUCUCCAGGCGCUGGCCAAGCUGGGACUCAACAACAAUGAUGAUGGGCUUUUGUUAGACGGAUCCUCAACGGAAAUUGAUUUUUUAUCAGAUUUCUGCAUGCCACCGGCCACAUCGCCCAGCCUGCAGUCCCUCAAUCCAAUCGUUGGUGGCGUGGAGGACAUGGGACUCAAUAACUUCCAUGCCGUGGCUGCGCCGGGCACCACCAGUGUGGUCACCGGCCGGAACAAGGCCACUCCGAUGCAGAUUCGUUGCAAAUUCGGUUCACUGGGCACCGCCAAGGGCCAGUUUAAUUCACCCCAUGGAUUUUGCCUGGGCGUCGACGAGGAGAUCAUCGUGGCGGACACGAACAACCAUCGCAUCGAGGUCUUCGACAAGAUGGGUGCCCUUAAGUUCCAGUUCGGUGUGGCCGGCAAGGAGGAGGGCCAGCUCUGGUAUCCGCGCAAGGUGGCCGUGAUGCAUAACAAUGGCAAAUUUGUGGUCUGCGAUCGUGGAAACGAGCGUUCUCGCAUGCAAAUCUUCUCCAAGUGCGGACACUUUAUGCGCAAGAUAGCUAUCAGAUACAUUGAUAUCGUCGCUGGCUUGGCUGUCACAGCAAAGGGUCACAUCGUGGCUGUGGAUAGCGUGUCGCCCACCGUCUUUGUGAUCUCCGAGGAGGGCGAAUUGGUACGCUGGUUCGACUGCAGCGACUAUAUGCGCGAGCCCUCCGACAUCGCCAUACGAGACAACGACUUUUACGUGUGCGACUUUAAAGGCCAUUGCGUGGCCGUUUUCCAGGACGACGGCACAUUCCUCUAUCGCAUUGGCAACGAGAAGGUCACUUGCUUCCCCAAUGGCAUUGAUAUAUCGAAUGCCGGGGACGUGCUCAUCGGCGACUCGCACGGCAAUCGCUUCCACGUCGCCUGCUACUCGCGCGAGGGCGCCCUUCAGUCCGAGUUCGAGUGUCCACAUGUAAAGGUCUCCCGCUGCUGCGGACUAAAAAUCACAUCCGAGGGCUAUGUGGUUACGCUGGCAAAGAACAAUCAUCAUGUUCUAGUCCUGAACACCCUCUAUGUUCACUGAUUGCAAAUCAAAGCGCGCAAC